AUGGGCCGAAUCGAAGCGUGGAACGAUGACACAGCCUACCACUUGGAGUUGGCUGAUGCCGCUACCGCUCGGAGCAUCACCACCGAGGUGUACGAAGACUGGCUGAAUUGGGCUAGAUCCUAUGCACUCGCAUGGCUGGGCAUACUAGACAAGUAUGAGUUGCGCUUCCGCGCCACAGGUCUGAAGUACCAUAAGAUACCAUUCUCGCUCCGACAUUCCGCCACUCUCCUUCACGGCUCCAAAAUCGAUCAGUCCGUAUUGACCCGGCUGACUCAGAUCUUUGAAACCGACCGCCCGCGCAAAUUGCAGUCAUACUUCACCCCAUGGAUGGAGAUCAACAAGAUCGCUACCGAGACGCUUGCAGAGAUCGAUAACUAUCGACCCGGAUUCGGGGACUUGGACUUCCUUUGUGCUAUGAACCGAAGGCUCGAUCUCUCAUUUGCUAUGCUCAUUAAGCCACUGAAUAUCCUGCGGGUUGGACUGCACUGGGUUGAGAAUACAGUCGCUUUGGUUGCGGAGCGAUCCCCUCUAGAUUGUUGCGACGUAUUGGCAGCGAAACAUAGCCUGGAAGGUAGCGUGUUCAGGCGGUGGAUCCAGACAUUCUGGGAGAUCGACAGUGGAACUGUGAGGGCAGCGGCAUACACUGAGUAUUACGUGGGGCGUGUACUGGCUACUGGCGUUGGAACCGGGAAGUACUGGAGUACAAUGUUGGAGUCACGUAGCCGAGCAGAGGACUCCCUGAUGCGUCUCAAGGCGGCCUUCGAAACCUGUCGCAUUGAGGAAUACCAAGCUAUAUUUGCUCCAUUAAGCGCACUCAUCCAGCGGGCCUCUGAUCUUCGUUCGGAUGCAAUGCACAGUAGCCUUCACGGUACAGUAGUACAGCGCUACCAUCAUCUGAUGCAUGAAGUGGUCCCAACGAUGUAUCAUUUGCUCCAAGAGAUCGUGCAAGAGCGAGAGAAAUUCCUCACUCUCAAUGAUAACGCUAACUCCCUGGAUCAUAUCAGCCAGGUUUUUCGGGGGUCUGCCGAAUCUGAUCAUCGAUAUGCGUGGCUAGACGCAUAUUACACCCAUGGCGAACGGUUUAUUCCGGCUCAUAUGCUAGAGGAAUGGAACACGUUACGUGCCUGGGUGUGGAGCCUACCUGAGACGCAGCGUGUUGUGACGGCAGGUUAUCGAUCGCUUGAUGAAGUUACGCUAGAGAUGGUGUUCUCUGAGGAGGAGGAGGAGGAGGAGGAGCUCACCAAUUAG